AGAAGGGCUGGUCUCACAAUUCCUUGUCAUCAUGAAUUUCACUUUAUAAAUAUCGGCGCCUUUCAAAAAUAUAUACCCUUAUUAAAUCAAGGGUACGUUUUUCCACACACAACUAGCCACGGAGCCAAGCUGCCUCGAGCCGUUAACACUCGUGAACGAGCACUGCGUUCCCAGCCUAGUCCGCCAUGUCAGAAAGCGAAUCGCUCAAAAGCGUCUUUUCAACGCACUUUCUAGGAAGCGGGGCUCUUUAAGUGGUCUGACUCGCCGGACGGCGCCUGACUCCUCCUCUGCGCUGAAGGAGCCACUUAUGUUCCACUGAAGAGUGGGAGGAGCCACAAACCAGGCCGAAUAUAUCCGCCGUCUAAGGUCCUCGCGGCCCUCCGUCUGCCAUUUACGCUCCAGUUAUUGCAGGGAUUUUAGCUAAUCGUAUUGUAGUGAUUAACGCCUUACCAAAAAAAGUAAAAUGGCUAGCUAUCAUAAGCCAGACGAGAAAACUUUCCAGGGCCUGAAGGACAUCGCUAAUAAGCUGAGGAUUCAUUCCAUCAAAGCGACAUGUGCUUCCAACUCCGGACACCCCACCUCCUGCUGCAGUGCUGCAGAGAUCAUGUCUGUGCUGUUCUUCCAUACUAUGCGAUACAAGACCCAAGACCCACGAAACCCCUGCAAUGACCGCUUUGUCAUGUCCAAGGGCCAUGCUGCACCAAUCCUCUAUGCAGCUUGGGUGGAGGCAGGAUUUGUCAAGGAGGCGGACCUUCUCAAUCUGCGUAAGAUUGAUUGUGAUCUGGAAGGCCAUCCCACUCCUAAACUAGCUUUUGUGGAUGUGGCUACUGGCUCUUUGGGUCAGGGACUGGGGGCUGCAUGUGGAAUGGCCUACACUGGGAAGUACUUUGACAAGUCCAGUUAUCGUGUGUACUGCUUGCUUGGGGACGGCGAGUGCUCCGAGGGUUCGGUCUGGGAGGCCAUGGCCUUCGCUUCCUACUACAAGCUGGACAACCUGGUGGCCAUUCUGGACGUGAACAGACUGGGGCAGAGUGAGGCUGCUCCACUGCAGCAUGAUAUGGAGACAUAUCGCAAGCGCUGCGAGGCCUUUGGGUGGAACACGUAUGUGGUGGAUGGCCAUGAUGUGGAGGAACUUUGCAAGGCCCUGUGGCAAGCCCAGCAGGACAAGGGUCGUCCCACUGCCAUUGUAGCCAAGACCUUAAAGGGCAAGGGGCUUAAAGGAAUUGAGAAUGAGGCCAACUGGCAUGGCAAGCCCAUCCCCAAGGAUAAGGUGGAUGCAUUUCUGUCAGACCUCCAAGAGAAGAUCCAGACCAACAAGCCUCUAUGCCCAGAGCACCCAGCUGAGGAUCUCUCCCCUGCUGAUCUUUCCCCUAUCCAUUUACCCUCCCUGCCUCCCUACAAGACUGGGGACAAGGUUUCUACCCGCCGUGCCUACGGUGUGGCACUGGCCAGGCUGGGGCAGAGCAGCGAGCGGGUGGUGGCUUUGGACGGAGACACCAAGAACUCCACCUUUUCCGAGCUCUUCAAGAAGGCCCACCCAGAUCGCUACAUUGAGUGCUUCAUUGCUGAGCAGAACAUGGUGAGCGUGGCCAUUGGAUGUGCCACACGGGACCGCACCGUCUCCUUUGCUAGCACAUUUGCAGCUUUCUUCUCUCGGGCUUACGAUCAGGUUCGCAUGGCAGCCAUCUCCCAGUCCAACGUCAAUCUGGUGGGCUCCCACUGUGGUGUUUCCAUUGGUGAGGAUGGACCCUCCCAGAUGGCCCUGGAGGACCUUGCCAUGUUUCGUGCAAUCCCAACCUGCACAGUGUUCUAUCCCAGUGAUGGCGUGUCCACCGAAAGAGCUGUGGAGCUGGCUGCUAAUACGAAGGGAAUCUGCUUCAUCCGGACCAGUCGCCCUGACACUGCUGUGAUCUACUCCCCAGAUGAGAAGUUUGAAGUGGGGCAGGCCAAGGUGUUGCGUCAGUCAGGCAAUGACAAGGUAACAGUUAUUGGUGCUGGUGUGACACUGCAUGAGGCUUUGGCAGCUGCUGACCAGCUAGCCAAGGAAGGUGUGAACAUUCGUGUGAUUGACCCCUUCACGGUGAAGCCCCUGGAUGCUGCCACUAUUAUUUCCAGUGCUCGAGCCACAGGCAGGAGGAUUAUCACUGUAGAAGACCAUUACAGGGAAGGUGGUCUGGGGGAAGCAGUGUGCUCUGCAGUGCAGGGGGAACCUGGCGUGGUGGUGCAACAGCUGGCGGUCAGUGGAGUGCCCCGAAGUGGCAAACCCCAGGAGCUGCUGGACCUUUAUGGCAUCAGUGCCAAGUGCAUUGUGGCUGCUGUUCGCGCCACCUUUGCCAACUAAAGUAUCAUGUUCCUCAGUCGUCUGCUCUCACCCUCUUACCGUUGUUUGCGUGAUCGUAUUUGUUACCAGGACAGUGCGUCUUUUUUUCCCCCUAAGCUUUCAGAGAUAUCUUGUAACGUGUUCUUACUGGAUAAACCUGUUAGAUUUAGGGUUGCUGCUCUAGUGGAGUACAAGUUGGCAUUGUUACUAAUUCCUCUAGCCCUCGUGAUACUUUAGCAGUUCAGUUUUUUUUUUUUUUUUUUUACUGUUUAAUCCUGUCUUAUAACUACAGUUUUUUUUUUUUUGUUUUUUGUUUUUGUUUUGGUGGUGCUUUUAAACUUUUCAUUGAGGUAUCCUUCCCAAAGUUGGAACAGAAUAUUACUGAUCAUACCUUCUCUUUAAGUCUAAUGAAUAAUCUGCAGGAUGUUUUAAGUCUAAUGAAUAAUCUGCAGGAUGUUUGACCUAUAAAGGUGUGGGAUUUUACAUUCUUCUGUUCUGUGGCAAUUCUUGUAGGGCUUUUAAUUAUAAUAGACUUGCUGGGUUUCUUUUUUAUUCCAAUUUUAACUUCUUUACUCUGGUUUUAGUACUUGUUCUGUUGUUGGAGCAUUUCAUUCCUUUAUCAUAAAGUUUGAAU